CUUUAUAAACCCGUGAAUACAUCCGGGCAGAGGCAGGCCGCACUCUCUCACUCUCCGACCCCUCGCCAGCGACAGCGAGCAGUGAGCAGCGGGGCGCGUGCGGCGGUCGGUGCGGAGAGCGACGCGACCGACUCCGGCAGGCGCCUCCCGAUCACCACCGCCUUCUCCGCGGGCAGCCGCAAUGGCGAACAGGGGAGGGAAGGGGUCGUACCCCCCGUCCAAGUCAGGAGCACCGAACGGAAGGCAGAUGGUUCUGAUUUCUGAUGAUUCUGAUUCUGAUUCUGAUUCUGAUUCUGAUGAUUUUUUCGAAGAAGAGGCUCCCCCCACACACUCCAAGUCAAAUGGGAAAGCUUCAUCUGAUAGCCUAAAAACUGGUGGAAAGGCUUCAUCCUUUUCUAAUGGAGAAGGUAGCAAAGGAGGGAAGGCAUUUAGUGCUGGGAAGGGUGGGAAGGGCUCCGCAUCAAAUGCAAAGCCUGCAAUGUCUGAUGCAGAACUAAAGCUUCAGCUUGAUAUGUCUCCAAAUUCUAUAUUGUUAACGAACUGUGAAGCAGCAGAAAUGUUGCAGAAAAUUCAGGGACAUAUGGCUAUCUUAUCAGAGGAUCCGAAGAUAAAAAUUCCCGAGUCGUUUGACAAGGCCUUUCAAUAUGCAAAAGAAGGAAAUCACUUCACCUCCGCGAAGUUGGUGAAAGAAAUCCUGGAACCCCUUAAAGACUAUGGUGUUAAUGAUGGCGAGAUAUGCAUGAUUGCGAACAUUGGGCCUGAGACCAUUGAAGAGGUUUAUGCACUCAUACCGUCUCUCAAGGCCACUAGGUCGAUCAAUGAAGGCAAGAUCGCAGAGGCCCUUACCGCCCUCGCUAACAUAAAAGCCUCCAAGUGAACCUGAGCUACACAGCUGAUCAGGCAAUGAAGAAUCCGCAACGGGUGUCUCUCUGGUGUAUGGAUGUUAACCGAAAUUCUUUUGAGGGCCGAAAUCAAGUUGUGUGUAUGUGGAAACCGUACUAUGCACCCGUGUGCCAGCUCUAGGUCUGGAUGGUUGAACUUUGACUUUUGGAAACUAGACGCAGGUUUAGCUAGAGUGGUUGAAGUGAUGUACUCUGGAUUGCCAAUUGAUACCCGAUUGUCUGGCUCGCCUGAGCGAUGAAAACUGUUGUUGUGGCCUGUGUGUUUAUGCAUCUCUGCUUGUCUGUUUA